GUGUAUAGAAACCGACAAAUACAAAAGAUUCUAAUGAGUAGCGAAGAACCGAAGAAGGAGAACAAACCCGUCUCAUAUCGAGAUGUGGGCAUUCAAGUGGAAGAAGAGGCUAUUACGGGGCCGGUAGCUGACCUGCUACAUCCCAUUGAGGAAUUUGUUUCGCAAUUUGUACCGUUCAUCGACCAAGCAAAAGCAGUCACGGUCCAAAAAGCCUUGAAAUGCAUCAAGUCACUUGCAUUGGCUUCGGACCAACCACAUGCCGUAAUGGUACGGCCCUCGAGUCCUGUGCAAUCAAAUCUAACCAGGAACUCAGGUGCACGAUCAGCACCACAGACAGUGGCAUGUUCUUCCACCACAAAUACUUCCAAAGGGAAAAUACUGUUUGUUCGUCAGCGGGAUGGUACGGUCAGGGUUCUAAAAGAACCUGCGGAUGAUUCAACUGCUCAAUUUGCAUACAAUAGUCCCUCCAUUGAAGUAAGGGAAAUGGUAAAGCCGCAGGCGCCGCUCCGCGAGAGACGGGCGCAACAAAGAUGCCCAACUGGGCAGGGUGCAGGACAUAACAGCAAUCAUCUAGCGCCGAAAGCGAUCGUUAUACCAAAUCUUAAGCGAGAGGAGUUGCCUGACAAAUUGCAGGAGCUGAGCAAGCAGUUGCGCGACAUGGAGCUGGGCAGCGAUCCGCUUCAACGCUGGCCCGCCAUGAAGGAUUUGCGAUACAAAUUCUUCGCGGUGCUGCUGGAUAGCAUGUGUCGCCAGAUGACGUACGUGCAACAAUCGAACAUAGAAAACAUCUUUUGGCGCGAACAUUGCCACAGGAUUGUGGAUCGUUAUCGCACCCGAAUGAAAGUGACAAGUGACGCGAGCGAGCAACAAGGGUUACGAGACUUCUUGUACAUAUUUAUUGAUGAUUGUCGCGAGUGGUUCCUUUUUCUGCUGGAGGAGCUUGAGUUCCAGUACUCCUUCAAUCUAUCAAACUACAUUGGCAAAAAUGCCGCCUUCAACAUGAGCGGGGUGAAGCACAGUUUGGCACUGGUGUCUGCGCAAAAGCUGUGUCUGUUCGUAGGAGAUCUCUGGCGCUAUCAGCUAGAGAUCUCUGAGAUGAGUCCCCCUACAGCUGAAACAGCAAGCACCAACGCCACAGCCUACAGCGAGAUGGAGCAUUAUUAUACGAGAGCGCGGGACAUUCUUCCUAAGAACGCUCGGCCGUACAAUCAACUGGCGACGGUGGCCGUUCGCAACCACAAGUUCUUUGAGGCCGUCUACCUGUACAGCCGCUGCAUGGCCGCCUCCAACCCAUCCCAGAGUGCUUGGGAAGGCUUGCUCGAGCUGUUCAACGUCGCCCGAAAGAAGUUCGAGGCUGCUCGUGCCGAGCAAGAGCUGGGAAUGUUUCUGUACAGCGAUGACGAUGGUCAACCGGAGUUUGAUAGAAUGGAACGCCGAGAGGUGUGGAUACAUCCAGGGAAUCAAACGGGAAUUCCCCCCCGCAGCUUACCGAUGACCAAUCAACCGUCUAAGCGAUCGGAGCAGGAGGACAUCCUGCUAGAGUCGCUACCCACCGACAAGCUUGAGCUCCAAUUUUAUCAUUCCUUCGUGCACAUGGUGGGCAUGAUUGCCACCAAAACUGGGAUGGAAGCCUUCACUCAGUGUGCCGACCAGGUACUGCGUGAGUUCCGGCUGCUGCUCACGACCAUGCUUAAUCCAGCAGUAAGAGUGUUGGAGAUCAGCGUCCUGUUGAUGUUUGCCAAGGAGAAGGCAAAACAUGUGCCCAAAGACAAUGAUGCCGCUGCUGCCGAAAGCAAGCGCUCGCCGCGCACGCCGUCGGAGCUGGAGCUGCGCGCCAUGUCCGUAGUUAAGCCGUUCAUUGGGAUAAUCAUCAAACGAGUCCUGGAGAUCGCUUCCCUGGGCAUCACUGAUUGGUGGCUGGUGAACGGUUCGGUGCAGCAGCAGCAGCAGCACCCGCAGCAGGCCUUAUCAUUCUCUAGUGUCUCAUCGAUCUCAGAAACACCGUCACUGCAGCCGCAGAAACAGAAGCCCACGAAACGGCGCAAUAAAAAAAAGGAGCAAGCAAAAGACGCUGGGCAGAAGGCGCUGGGAAAGGUACCGCUAGUAGAGGAACCGCUUGAUGUUGUCGUUGCAGACGAUACGAAUACGACAGUUAUCUGCAACGCACCGCCACUCCUGCAGGCGCUAAAGAUAUGGUGCGACUGGUUACUCUGUAACGAGCACCUAUGGAACAAUCCGGAGCACACGGAUAAGUACACACUGCAGAAGUGGUCCUCAUACGAUCCUUGGCCACUUCUGGCAACACUACUGAACCAGCUGUCCAAAAUAGAUGUUAACUGGCUGCGUGCAUCUUCCAAGCAGAAAGAAGGAUACACUCAGGGCAGGCUGCCAGAGGAUAUCCAUAUGGCCGGGUUCAUGCCCCUAGCGGAAGCAAUCACUCCCACCUACCUACCAAUCGCGGUUGAGGCGGAUAUGGGCACGGAAGACGGGCGCGCAGAGCACACGCUGCGUGUCUACAAGAUUCUUCAGUUCGGUCAGUGGGUGUCCGGACGGAAGCCCUCCGUACUGCGGCUGCACUCAUCAGGGUCAGACACGCAAUUCACGUGCGUUAUGCUGCCAGCGCCAAGCGAUGACGACGGCGGGCAGCAACGCGGUGUAGGUGGUGUGAAUGAAAUGAUCGCAGCGGAACAACAACGGUCGAGCAACGACGGUGAAAAACCGGGCGAUGAGGAGAUGCCGCGGGACUGGCAACAGCAGCAGCAGCAGCAGCAGCAGCAGGUGCAGGUGCUGCGCGACAACAACGCUCCGCGCGAGACAACACUGCUAGCCAGUCGCGUGAAGGAGCUUAAGCAGCAACAGAAGUUUCGGGAGAAGCACGAGCAGCGGCGAAAGCAACUGCUGCAACCGAGUGCGAUCAACCUGCUGAUGGAGGUGCGACCGAAGUACCUGGUGCCGGAUACUAACUGCUUCGUCGACGAUCUCGGCUGCAUCAAAGCCAUCGCCAGUGCAACCCAACUCUUUACGCUGAUGGUGCCGAUAGUUGUUGUGAGCGAGCUGCGAGGGCUGAGCAUGGGCGCGAAGAAUCGACCGGGGAAGCUACCGGCCCUGCACAUGGCAGCUAGCGCUAGCCGCCCCGGGCUUAUCCAGCCAGUGGCGCUGCAGCACUCGUACACGGUCACGCAGAACGCAGCGCUCGCGCUCGAGUACCUGGAGUCGGUGGCCCACGGUAACGUCAUGUUUGUCACGACCAAGGGUAACGCGAUACGCAGGAUCAUCUUCGCCACCGAGGAUGAUGAGGAUGGACAGAGGACGAACGAUGAUCGUAUCCUCGAGGCGGCGCUCAAUCUGAUAGGCACAAGCUCCUCUGUGUCGGCAUCGUCGGCAGGCCAGCAAGCAGUUGGCGAGCCGAAGAAAAUUUUGCGCGAAGUUGUACUGCUAACCAAAGAUCGGAACUUGCGUGUCAAGGCACUCUCGCACAAUGUGCCGGUGCGUGAGAUGCACGACUUCGCGCAAUGGGCCCAUCUGCCUGUAAACGUCGAACAGCAGCCGUGAGCCAGCCUUCCCCGGGGGGUGGUUACCCCCCCCCCAAAACGUCUUGCUAGACGCCCGGCAGAGUUGAAGCGUUUUUUUUUUGUUUUCGUCGAUGGUCAGCUGAUCAGGUAAAAGGGGAGAGCGGAGGGGGUCGGCCCCUUUUAGUUAGAAGUCUGAAUUCGCCAAUAGUGUCGCCAAUGAACGAGGCGACACAAACAAAGAUGAACUGAUUCUGUGAUCCCUGCGUCCACAGUGGGAGCCAAGGACCGGUUAGUUAUUGCUGCUUUGAGCGGCUAUAGUUAGAAUUUCCAUUUCCACUGCUCAUCUCUUACUACUCUUUCUUUAGCCAUUGGUGCCUUCUUCUUCGAGUCCUUCUCGUGUUCGAAAGCAUAUAUAGCAUUGUAAGGUUACCAGUUGACUCGCGCGGUCUCCCGAAGAGCCCAAGCGUUGGCACAACCACCCGACCACUAGCUAUCAUAUCGCCCCGUUCGCGUGGGCCCCCCCUUUUCCAUUCUACCGUAUUCAUUUUUCACGAGCGCCGCAAGGGCAAGUAGCUGGAGUGUUACUUUGAGCGUAUCGUUGCGACUUUUUCCAUUUCACUACAUUGAUUCAGUGAUUCAUACUCUCUAUCUUUAUUCUAUCGGUCUUUAUUCAAUCUUUAUUCCUAUCGGUGUCUGCUUUGGACUUUUGCACGUGCUCAAAAGGUUACGUUUUAACUCACGCGACAGAGAACGAUCCAACGAACCGCCAGACGAUCAGUUAAAAUCCUAUGUUUUUCUUGAAUUCUGUUUGAAAUUAAUAAACAACGACACCGCGAAGCAGGUGUCAGUAACUCA